AUUAUAUAUGUAUAAGCUGAGCAGAAUAAUAUCUGCCGAAAAACCUCUGGUGAAUUAGUUCCCCCAAAAUCCCUGCCCCCUCCCUAUUUCCAGUUCUCAAUUUCCUCCAAUACGUGUCUGUAAAAGUGAAGUGAAAGUUAGGGUUAAGGUUAGGGUUCCGUGCUAAGAAUCGAGUGCGGGGGCCAUUCGGAGCAUACGAUGUACGCCGAUCGGGUGGAGGCAGUGACGAAGAGGUCGAUAAGGGAUAGGCUUAACGGCAACACUGCUGAUGAUUUCGCUCGCCGGAGACAAGUUACCGGCAAGAGGCACAGAGAAGAAGAUGACAAAUGGGAGCAUGAUCUUUACGAGCGUCAUGAACUUCCGGGAUCAAGCCAGAGAAUUGGUGCUAAGGAUCUUCGUCUAAAACUCCAAAAGAAAAGUAUCCAACAAGCUACUCAAAGUGCUAAAGGUUCUGUCUCUGGAGGUAUGCGGGAUCUGCGUGAAAAGCUUUCUGGUACUGUAUACUCACAAAAAGUGGAAAGUGAUCCCCCCAAAGCAAAGCUGAAGGUGGCUCCUGAAAUAAGUAAACCUGUCAGGAGAAGUAGCAUAACUGAAGCUCCUGCCAUGGAGACAAAAAAAAUUGCCAGCACAGUUUCAAAGAAGAAGUCCCAGCAAAAGGCAAGAUCUCCUUACUCAGAUUUGUUUCACCAAUAAGCUCCUUGUCAAUAGUAUUACUUCUUUAUCAAAUGAUGAUAUUGCCAAUAAAAUGUGAGCAGACACAGCCUGAGCCCCAGUA